AUGGAGUUAGCGUUGGAUAAGAUGAAACUUGGUGACGCAUCAGAGAACGAAAUGGAAAGCGAUGGUAGUGAUGCUCACAACAGGACUGGUGUAGGACUUGUUAAACUGAACGAAGGAUGCGAAAAUGUCGAAAGCAUUUUAAAUACGCCAGUUUUGAAGCUGAUUGACUGGGGUCGUGCAAUCGACAUGCUGGCUCUGCGAGGUCAAACCUUUACGGGGAAAGCAGGAACAGACAAAUUCGACUGCUCCGAAAUGCUGGAUGGUCGUCCAUGGACGUAUCAGACAGACUAUUUUGGCUUUGUGGGCACGUUGCAUGUCGUCAUAUUCAGCAAGUACGCAGAGAUUCAAAACGAGGAUGGAGUGUAUAAAUUGCAGAGUACUAUGAAGAGACGGCUCAAAAUUCGCCCCAUCCUCGAAAGUAUUUUCCACGAUUUUCUCAACAUUCCCAGCUGUGAUCGGCUGCCCAACUGGGAUAACGCCAUUGAGGCGAUGGAAGAGCAUUUCCGGUCGGAAUUUGCAGUUUCGGAAUGGCGUCAAGCGGCUGCUCGAUUCAAUGCUUACUUGUGA